GCAAUGUUUAUGUCUGUUUUUUGUUUACAAAAAAAAACGACAAAAUUUUUCUAAUAUCGCUUGAAGUAUGGUAUUGCAUACACAGUAAAAAAUAUUGGUUAUAUUAUAAUUUUCAUGUAAAAAGAAGUUAUUGAAGCAACCUAAAAUGCUAAGAUCAGUUCUUAGUCGUUUGAAUACUCUGAAUACAAAUGUGUUUCUUAAACCCCCUAUGUUUUCGUCCCUUGUAAAUCCAGCAAGUUUGGCACAACAAAAUCUUGAUAAGCUUUAUGAAACUAUUAUUGUUGAAGUGAGAGGGCAUGAUCGAGCUGUCCUUAACAGCUAUGAAUUUUUUGCAAAAACAGCUGCUACUGAACUUGAUGUCCAUAUUGCACGAAUAUGGGAGCCUCAGGUUCAUAAGGCACGAAGAACACUGCUAAAAUCUAUUUUUAUUUAUAAAAAGCAUCGUGUGCAAUAUGAAUUCAGAACCUAUUUUCGUUUGUUUGAAUUGAAGCAUAUCACUGGAUCUACUGCAGAUACGUAUCUAGAAUAUAUUCAGAGAAAUCUUCCUGAAGGUGUGGGAAUGAAAGUUACCAAGACACGUCUAGAGAAGCUUCCUGAACAUAUUGCAAAUUAUUUACCUGAGAAAAAGAUUGCAGGGCAUGACAAUUCUCGCAAAAAUGCUUAAUCUCAUCAUUUCAUGUAAAAAUAUUUUCAUUUAAUAAAAUGUUAGAGUAGAGAGA